CUUUUUUCUGGCGUUCGAUUUUCGUUUGCGUUCUCCCCGUUUUGGCCCCCGUAGGCCGCUAUUUAUAGCCCCUCCACCCCGUCCCAUUGCUACACACACACACACAUACGCCUCACACUCUCUGAUCAGUCACCACAGUCUCGGUCUAUCACGGUAGCACUAGCUUCAGCUAGCCACCCUCUUCCUCUCCGGGCAUCUUCUUGCAUCAACCACGGCAAUGGCCACCGCUGACGUCCAGAACCCAUCGGCCGCGCUGACGGAGGAGGCGCCCGCGGCGGAGACGCCAGUGGCCGCCGAGGAGGCCGCGAAGACGGAGGAGGUCCCCGCGCCGGCGGAGGCCGAAGUCGAGGCGCCUGCCCCCGUCGAGGUUGAGGAGACCAAGGAGGAGGCACCGGCAGCCGCUGAGACGGAGGAGACCAAGGAGCCCGAGCCAGCAGCUGCCGCCGAGCCGGAGGCCGAAGCGCCCAAAGAGCCAGAGGCGCCAGCCGUGGUCGAGACCAAGGAGGCUGUGGCAGAGGCAGAGCCGGCUGUGGUCGAGGAGGUGAAGGAGGAGGCGGCGCCUGCUGCCGAGCCAGAAGUGGCGGCCGUCGCCGAGGAAACACCGGCUGCAGCGGAGGAGGCCCCAGCGGCCGCGGCAGAGGAGCCGGCCGCCGCCGUGGCCAGCGUCAGCGUGUGAGGCGCCGGCGCGCGCGGAGGAGGAGCUGGCUGGGUCAGCGUCCACGGCGGCGGUCAUGUGCUCCUACGUGGCACGGCGUGAUGCUUAGUCAGCCAGUGGAGUGGACUGGAGUGCUACUGCUUUUUACUACGUACAAGGUGUGGGGUGCUUUGCGCGGGGUGGCGCGUGGCGUGGGCUAAAUAAAAGUGUUGUCGGGUCGACGCCCAGUGUCGGCCAGCAUCCAGCGAGCGAGCGACUCGACAAGAUAUGCUUCAUUAUGUUUUGUUUUCGCAUGGCAAACAUAAACAAGGUUAUCCUAAUUUAGAUUCCUAA